GUUUCUCUUCUGUUUUUUCCUUUAGGAGUCUUGAGCUGCUCUGAAUUAUGCCGGAACCAGCGAAGUCCGCUCCCGCCCCGAAGAAGGGCUCGAAGAAGGCGGUGACCAAAGCGCAGAAGAAGGACGGCAAGAAGCGCAAGCGCAGCCGCAAGGAGAGCUAUUCCAUCUACGUGUACAAGGUACUGAAGCAGGUGCACCCCGACACCGGCAUCUCGUCCAAGGCCAUGGGCAUCAUGAACUCGUUCGUCAACGACAUCUUCGAGCGCAUCGCGGGCGAGGCGUCGCGCCUGGCGCAUUACAACAAGCGCUCGACCAUCACGUCCCGGGAGAUCCAGACGGCCGUGCGCCUGCUGCUGCCCGGGGAGCUGGCCAAGCACGCCGUGUGAGGCACCAAGGCCGUCACCAAGUACACCAGCGCCAAGUGAACA